AGACCCCCACCCGUUCGCCUAAUCACCUUCGAUGCAUUCGGUACCCUCUUCUAUCCUUAUCCUGCCAUCCAGCAGCAAUACGCCUUGGCUGCUCAAAGGCACGGCAUCAACAUCUCCGCCGAUGAACUCAAGCCUCAUUUCAAGACUGCCUUCAAGCACGUUAUCAAGCGACGGCCCAAUUAUGGACGCGGUCAGGACGAAUCAGGAUUAUCCGAGGAUUGGAGAGGAUGGCAGGGAUGGUGGCACGAGUUGAUCCAUCGAACGUUCGUUCACGCGAAUGGCAAGGAACCGCCAGUUGCACUUGGUCAUGAUCUUCUACACCGUUUUUCGUCCUCGGAGGGGUACAAGUUACACACCGAUACACUGCCGCUUCUCAAGUACCUUCACCGCGAACAUCCGUUCGUCGUUCUCGGGGUCAUGUCAAAUUCCGAUCCACGAAUCCCACUCGUCCUCGACUCACUCGGUAUUUCGAAAUACUUCGCCCUGACGACACUAUCUUACGAUGUCGGCCAUGAAAAGCCACAUGGAGCGAUCUUCGAAGCUGCUUUGAAUAAGGCAAAUGAAGUGCGACCAGUGAUGGAAGGAACGAGAGAUACAGACAUCGUACCGGCAGAGUGCAUCCAUGUCGGAGAUGACAAGGAGCAAGACAUCGAGGGUGCAAGGACUGCCGGAUGGAGAUCAAUAUGGAUGCAGCGA